ACUGUACCGACAAUACUGCCAAGUGAAUACAAAAUCCGUCAAAAGUUAUAAGCAUUUUAUUUUAAUAGUAGCGAAAAAUACCAUAUUUUGAAAAAAUCACAGCUUUUCAUAGAAAUGUUCAAUAGGUCUGAGAGAUAUGCCAUUCUACAGAUAAACGCCUUAGCUAUAAAAUUAUAUGUGUUUUAGCUUGGGAGAACGUUUGAUUGUUAAGUUAAAAAAAUUUUAAAAUGCUGCACAUUUUCCACUUGUUUUAUGUUUCUUUUCGAAAACGUUUAGAAAAAUUUGCCAUAUAUUACCACAAGAUUUCAUUCUGUUGCAUCAUGGCAGUCGCGGUGACAACCAAGCUAAAACACACAUCAUUUUAUAGCUAAGAUGUUUAUCUGUAGAAUGGCAUAUCUCUCAGCUCUAUUGAACAUUUCUAUGAAAAGCUGUGAUUUUUUCAAAAUAUGGUACUUUUCGCUACUAUUAAAAUAAAAUGCUUAUAACUCUCUCUAUAAGGAUUGAACGAGAAUGCAAAUGGUUUUCAGAUUCGUAAUCAGCAUCCUUAAAUUAGCAAAGUGGAGUACAUUGCUUUGAAAUCUCAGGGAAACACUUUUGGACCUUCCCUCGUUAGUAAUAGAGAGCGAAAAAGAUGCUGAAACUAUACGUCUUUGGAUCUUGAAAUAUUGCAAUAAUGAUGGAAGAAAUGUCAAGAUGAUAUUUUUCAUAAAUCCUAUAGCGUUCUGUAGAGAGUUUCAACCGUCUACUUAUAACCACAAAAUUUUGUGGACUUUAAACUAGUACUAGAUACAUUGGUUUAAAUUUUCGACUUCAAUUUGCUUGUAAUAUUUCACCUUGCUGGAGUAACCGUCAUUUAAAAAGUGUGUUAAAAAAAAUAUGUGAAUUAUAUUCAAAAUAAUUACAAUUACUUUAUAAAAGUAGUUCAUUGACACGAUAACUCGAGAAUAAUUUUGUAGCACAACUGUAGAGAAUUAAUCAGAAACACAAUCUGAAGUCUUAUCUCAUUCUAAUUGGAUUUAAUCAGCUCGUACAAUCUUAAUGACUCCUGUAAUAUUUUCGUUAUAAAACGUUCUAUAGCGAAAUGUUUCGAUCUUUGUCACACUUCUGAGCUCAAACAUACGAAAGAUAUUGUCAAAUAUUGUAUAAAAAUUUGGCAGAAAUACUUGUCACAUUCAAAUGAUGAUCUAUUAGUUUAUGGGACCAAUUUGGGUCAAGUCAAAGUUAUUCUUUCCACCUCUUCUAUUUAAAUUGCCGCUUGUGUAAUGGAAAUAAAGAGAAAAAAAUCUUUUUUUUGACAUUAAAUGUAUAACGUUAACACUGUACACACAGAAGAGAAAAUGUACAGGAAAAAUAAAAAAUUUCCUAUGUUAUUCUGUUUUUGCAUUAACGUUUUCCUCUCACCUUAUUAUACAUAUUUUUCACGUAUACGCAACUUUUUUACUUUUUCUUGGGAUUUGUGUAUGUUUUAGUAUGUGUGUUUUCGGUAUCUAAGUCCGGUCGGAAAAAAAUAUAGAUUAUUAUUAUUACAGUAUUAUUGCUUUGUAUUUUAACAGAUAAAUCAGUUAUACCAACGUAAUGAUGAUAAGAUUCAAACCAAAAUAAUGGACGGAUCAGAAAAAAGACUAUUGAAUGUGUUAUUAUACAGCAAAACCAGAACUGCAAUUUAUGACGAUACACUUUUAUCGCGACAUAAAAGACUAUUAGGAAUACCAGAUAGUGUUCUAACUCUAGGAGGAACACUACCAUCAUGGGCUACCAUAUUAAUCGCUGUAGUGAUCAUUAUAAUAAUUUGUGUAUGUAUUGGAUGUUGCUUAAAACGUUUAUGUGGCAAAUGUUUUAAAAAGAAAGGUGUAAAAGGUGGAAAAGGAAUCGAUUUAGGAACAGUUAAAUCAUUUUCAUUACAUAAAGAAAAGGUUCAACCAGGUAUCGAAGAAUUAACAAAAAAUAUGGAAGAUAAUGAAGAUGCCGAAUCAAGAAAAUCGGAACCACAAACUUCAGGAAAAUUAGAAUAUUCAUUAGAUUAUGAUUUUCAAAAGCAAGAGCUCAAAGUAGAAGUAAUACGAGCGCAAGAAUUACCAGCGAUGGACAUGGGCGGUACAUCGGAUCCUUAUGUUAAACUUUAUAUAUUACCGGAUAAAAAGAAAAAAUUUGAAACAAAAGUUCAAAAAAAAACAUUAAACCCAGAAUUUAAUGAAACAUUUAUAUUCAAGAACUUGCCAUAUGGUGAAAUUGGAGGGAGAACACUUGUAUUUGCUGUCUAUGAUUUUGAUCGAUUUUCUCGUCAUGAUCAAAUUGGUGAACUUCAUAUACCAUUGAAUUCAGUUGAUUUGGGCAAAGUUAUUAAAGAUUUCAGAGAACUAUCACCACCUCCCGGAGAAGGAGAAGCAGAAAAUAAACUCGGUGAAAUAUGUUUUUCUCUACGCUAUGUACCAACAGCUGGAAAAUUAACAAUAACCGUAUUAGAGGCUAAAAAUUUGAAAAAAAUGGAUGUGGGUGGAUUAUCAGAUCCCUAUGUAAAACUGUCGUUAAUGAUGAAUGGAAAAAGAAUAAAAAAGAAGAAAACAUCAAUUAAAAAAUGUACACUAAACCCGUACUACAACGAAUCAUUUUCAUUUGAAGUACCAUUUGAACAGAUACAAAAAGUACAAUUAGUAAUAACUGUAGUUGACUAUGACAGAAUUGGAACAUCUGAGCCCAUAGGUAAAGUUGUUUUGGGUUGUAAUGUAGGUGGUAGUGAACUUCGUCAUUGGACUGAUAUGUUAGCAUCACCUCGACGACCAAUUGCUCAAUGGCAUUCACUAAAAGAUCCAGAAGAUGGUAAACCAUCUUAG